AAUAAUGCCGGCAGCAUGUCUGCACAUUCCAUGCUCUGUGAACGAAUCGCCAUAGCCAAGGAAUUGAUCAAGAGAGCAGAGUCCCUUUCCAGAUCAAGAAAAGGUGGUAUUGAAGGUGGUGCAAAGCUAUGCAGCAAACUGAAGGCAGAAUUAAAAUUCUUACAAAAAGUAGAAGCUGGGAAAGUAGCUAUUAAGGAAUCUCAUUUACAGAGCACGAAUCUGACGCAUUUAAGAGCCAUUGUGGAAUCAGCGGAAAACCUAGAAGAAGUUGUGAGCGUUCUUCAUGUCUUUGGUUACACAGAUACAUUUGGAGAAAAGCAGACCCUUGUGGUGGAUGUAGUUGCAAAUGGUGGUCACACUUGGGUGAAAGCCAUUGGCCGAAAGGCUGAAGCUCUGCACAACAUUUGGCUUGGCAGGGGCCAGUAUGGUGACAAAAGCAUCAUUGAGCAGGCUGAAGACUUCCUCCAGGCCAGUCACCAGCAGCCAGUGCAGUAUAGCAACCCUCACAUUAUCUUUGCAUUUUACAACAGUGUCUCCAGCCCCAUGGCAGAGAAGCUGAAAGAAAUGGGCAUAUCUGUGAGAGGGGACAUAGUGGCAGUUAACGCUCUGUUAGACCACCCUGAAGAGCAACAACUGAGUGGGUGUGAAUCAGAUGAUGAGGGCCCGGAACUUUGGCAGGUGACCAGAGUAGACCGAGCAAAUAUACUGGCAAGUGUUGCGUUUCCAACAGAAAUCAAGGUCGAUGUGUGCAAAAGGGUCAAUCUGGACAUUACGACUUUAAUUACAUACGUAUCUGCCCUCAGUUAUGGAGGCUGCCACUUCAUCUUCAAAGAAAAAGUCCUCACAGAGCAAGCAGAGCAGGAGAGGAGAGAGCAGGUUCUACCUCAGCUGGAGAAAUUUAUGAAGGACAAGGAAUUGUUUGCUUGUGAAUCUGCUGUCAAGGAUUUUCAGUCAAUUCUAGACACCUUAGGAGGACCUGGGGAGAGAGAGAGGGCCACUAUGCUAAUUAAGCGAAUCAGUGUGGUGCCAGACCAGCCUUCUGAGCGUGCCUUGAGACUAGUGGCUAGUUCAAAAAUCAAUAGCCGCUCAUUAACCAUUUUUGGAACUGGAGACACCCUAAAAGCCAUCACAAUGACUGCAAAUAGUGGUUUUGUCAGAGCUGCUAACAACCAGGGUGUUAAGUUUAGUGUAUUUAUCCAUCAGCCCAGAGCACUUACUGAGAGCAAAGAGGCCUUUGCUACCCCUUUGACAAAAAACUACACAACUGGCAGUGAAUACUAAUAAUAUCCUUUAAAUGUUCUCAUAGAAGUAAGUUAUCUAGAGACCAAAGUUUCAGUCUUUCCAUCUAAAUUGGGAGGGGGGAGAAUGGUUGUUAGUACAGAUAAUUCAUUAUAAUUCUUAAACCAGUAGUUUUUUGUAUCUCAUACGUAUUUAAAGUGUAUAAUCUUUUAAAGUUAAAAACACCCAAGAAACAACUUUCUCAAAUUGUCUGUUAGAGCAAAUUAAGAACAAAACCACACCUACAUAAAGCUUUUAACUGUAGUGCAAUAGUUUAAUUUGUCUGAUUCAGUAGGGUUAAAAUCUGCCACCCACCCCUACCCUGCCGCCCUCAAUAAAUAAUCUCAUUUCAUGGAAUAUGGCUACACUACAUCUUUCAUUAAAUAUUUGGAGAUAAUUC